AUGUCUCGCUCCAACACGGCCACGUCUGUAACCCCACCGCCUAUCUCGCUGGACCGUCUCUCCUUCCUCACCCAUCGCAUCACCCACCUCCUUUCUACACGUCCCGAGCAGGACGCAAACACUGCCGAUCUCUACAACGCCCUCCUUGACCUCGACCGCGUCCUCAUCAACCUUUCACACGACCCCACUUCACCCCAACUCCUCUGGAUAGACGACGUCUUCGCUGCCCUUCGAGUCGUCUACCCAAUCCUCAACCAUCCCCAAGAUUCCCCCUCUCCUCAAAUCCAAUCGCCCCUCCAAUCAGACCCCCGCCGCUCCUCCUGCCUCUCCCUCUCCCAACAAAAGCUUCAUUUCCAGAACCCUCUCCUCGCCCUCGCCCCUAUCCCUUCCCUCCUCCGCCGCUCCGUCCGCUCCCUCAUCUCCACGCAGCCACCCCCUCCACCGCAAACACCGCAUCCACUUCUCAAUGCCACAAAAGUUGUCAACGAGUGGGUCAACGCAAUCCAAUCUCAUCAAAAGCCCUCCACCCAGGACGAUUCCGAAUCAUGGCUCUCCCUCUCAGACGCUCUACCGCCCUUGCCCCAGCAGUAUGCCUCUGCCCGCGAUGAACUAUACACAGUAGUUCUCGAUUCCCUAAUCGCCGGAGCAGACGAGGCACAACGCUCAGACUCCCCUGCCACAGUUGCAGUCGGCCUUCUCGGGCCAAGAGGCGUCGGAAAGACCAUGCUCGCCGCGGAGCUUGUACAUGAUCCGGAGCUCACCAGGUCCUUUGCGGAUGGUAUCGCAUGGAUACAGCUCGGUCCAGAUAUCAAUGACGAGGAGCUCGCAGACCAGAUUAUCCACUGCGUUGAGACUAUCAUCGCCGGUGAUUUCCGCUCAUCCGUCGCCUUCUGCGACUCUUUAAACAGUGUCGUCGACAAAGCCGCCAGAGUCCUCACACAGGUCUCAAGCCUCAUCGUUGUUGACGACGUAUCAGGGCCCAAUGCCCAACGCGCCUUCGACAUCGUCAUCUCCGCUUUGGGUGAUUCUUGCGUCGCACUCUACACCUCUCCCAUUGAUGAAGAUGAGAAGAUUGGCGAGACCCUCAGUCUCCAAAAUGUCGCUUGCGUCGCUCGAGUGCCCAUGACUGCCCUCCCACCCAUGUCCCCUGACGCCUACGAGAUCUUCAAAGGAUGGCUCAAAGCAAACGAUAGCGACACUGUCGACACUCCAAGUGAUGAAAGAGCUGGUCAACGAGACUUGAUUGUAAAAGCGUGUCAUGGUCUCCCGCUUCCACUCGCUAUGACGGCAGGUUUCCUCUCCAAGUUUCCGGAUUGUUGGGACGAAGUUACACAAGUCGUCGACGGCUCCCCCUGUGGUGACGAAACCAUCAAGAGGCUCAUGGCCAUGCUUUUGAAAAAGGGUGGGCCCAAGUUCCAGGCCCAACUGCUCGCAAUAACAUGCUUGCCGCGAGGGGUGUGGGUCUCUCUGUCCGCACUCGCAGAUUUGUGGGGCGUAGACCACUCAGCCAUUAACCUCAAGGCACGAAGGUUGGGUCGCUUAGCAUUUGCAGAAUACCGGUUGGGAGAUUCGAGCGAUGAGAGUCGCGUGCGAUUUCACUGGCACAUUCUUCGUUACUGCCAUGACAUGACAAGCACUGCCGACAUCACCGCUGCGAAUCGCAAGCUGCUUAGUAACGUUUCAAGACGCAAGGUGGCCAACGGCAAGCCGAGACGAAAAAGCGACUAUGUCCCUUGGUGGGGCGCAUGCAUGAGUGACAAAUACAUUCGCCGAAGAUUGCACUGGCACAUGGCCCGCGCUGUUUCGAUGGGUAAACUCAGUGACUUGAUUUGUGAUUUUCAGUGGGUGUGUCAGAGGUUGGAGCGCGAUGGGCUCGUAGGGAUGGGAAUUGAAUUCAGGCUUGGAAUUGCGGCCGAAGAAAGAGAAGGAAAGACGUCUGAGGCGCAGGGUAUCCGGCGUAUGCUUGUCGCAGUCCAAGAAGCCUCGAAACUCCGUCAAGCAGAACGGCUGGAGAUGAGUGCAUUACCAACUUUUCUUAUUUCGGCACUUUCCGAGCACGAAACGAAAAGCAUUGCAUGUACGCAUUUUCUCAACUCUAUCUUCGACAAGGCGAGGCGACCAUGGUUGAGGCCAAUUCUUCGCACUUCUGCCAGCUCCAUAUCUUCUCAGGAAGAGAUCAUGCCAACAGAAGACUCUAUUGACUCAGACGCCUUCGUCGAGCAAACAAACUGCUUGGCCGCCACCGAAUCGGGGUACCUUGUUUGUGGAGACAAGAAAGGAAACGUUUCCGCACAUGACCCGAGGACGAUGAAGGCUGUGCGAUCAUGGAAGUCUAGCAAAGUCGGGGGGCAUCCCCAGUCACGCGGGGUCGGGGCAAUAGCAACAGUGAAAAAUUUCGUUCUAUCGGGCCAUUUUAAUGGGCGCUUGUUUAUGCGGUCCAUUGACAGCGGAGACACUGAAUUAUUGCAAACACGACAUCAGUCGCUGGAUAAAAUUACUUCCAUCGCGGCCUCGGAAGACGGCAUCAUUGCGGUUGGGUCACACACUGGACAGCUUUUCGUGUUGAAAGGUGUGUAUGGCUUCAACUGCGUCCCACAGCAAAUCGACCUGGAGGGACACUGCGACAUUGUCACCAGCCUUCUCGUCUUUCCGGAUGGCCGGCGAAUCGCGAGCAGUAGUCAUGAUGGCUUCGCUGCUGUUUGGGUCCUCCGAUCGACAGGUUGCGAACGAAUAUCUUUGAAUGGACACAAGCCUGAAAUUGGUCACAAGGAGAACUAUAUCACAAACUUUGCAACGAUUGCAGGUGGCAAGCGGCUGCUAUCUGCUUGCCGCGGCGGAAUUGUGAACUUAUGGAAUUCAGAAACUGGUGAUUGCCUCUGGGCAUUCCGAUUUGGAUUCGAAUUCAGUUGCAGCCUAUCGUUGCAGUCAUUUGGUGUUGAGCUAUGGAGAUCGUCAAUGAGCGAUGCGGCGAAACCGAAGAAGCUCCUCAGGGUCGGGAACCCGUAUUUAAUUUCCAGGGGACCUGGGCCGGAGGAUCUUCUGAUAAUUGCAGCUGGAAUCAGCACUGACAUUCGUGCAACAGUAGCCACAGAGAAGCCGAUUGCAAGUUGGUUGGAAGUGUGGCACCCAUCCACUCAGCGUAUCUAUGCCGUUGUGUCGUAUUUCGACGGGCAAUUAGGUUCGUACGAGCUUGUAACAUCACUCAAGUGAAGUGAGGCUUCACACAAACUUAAUAACAAGAAGAGUUGUUCAGAUAUAGUUGGUGGCACACACCUAGAUUUUAAAUGACACCUGUAAAUAGAACGGCGCUCACAA